CCUCCCGCGGGCCGAGCCGGGGCCUCCGCCGUUGCCGCCACUGGGCGGGCGGGCGGCGCCUGAGGGGCGGGGGGGGGGGCGGCGCGCCAUGCCCGGGGUGGAGGCGCGGAGCCGCGGUCGCUGAGGCGCGGCGGGAGCAUGGCCGAGUCCCUGCGGGAGGAGCCGCCGGGCGGGCCGGAGUCGGAGGCCGAGCUGUCGCAGCGGCUGGCCCGCACCAAGGCCCGCUCGUACGGCAGCACGGCGAGCGUGGCGGCGCCGCUGGCCGAGCGCUACGUGGAGCACCGGCUGAGCGCCGGGGACACGCUGCAGGGCAUCGCCCUCAAGUACGGCGUCACGAUGGAACAAAUAAAGAGGGCAAAUAAACUGUUCACUAAUGACUGUAUAUUUCUGAGGAAAACCCUGAAUAUUCCUGUUAUAUCAGAGAAACCAUUACUGUUCAAUGGACUUAAUUCACUGGAGUCUCCUGAGAAUGAAACUGUUGACAGCUCCCCUUCUUGUGAUGAAGGACUAGUGACAGUUCAGGAAGAAAGUAGCUCUUCUCCCAGUCCUCAAGAGCCUGACAAUCAGCCCACUGCACCAGAAGAGCUAUCUGCCAAAGAUUUCCUACAGAGGUUGGACUUGCAGAUUAAGUUAUCCAAACAAGCAGCCAGAAAACUAAAAGAUGACAAUGUCAGAGAGGAGGAGAAUGAGGAAGGUCCCUAUGCAACUUCUUCGUAUCACCAGUAGAAGACAGAUGUGGUGGCCUGAAAACUUUCCAUGAAAUCAGUUCUUAAAGAACUAAAUGGUCAAUAAUUCAAAACCCAAGUCUUUUGGACUCAUCGUCUUGAUGUACUUAAAACAAGUCAUGAAUGGGUAAUUGCACUGAAAUUAUGACCUCUUCUGCCUUUCAUAGGUUAAUGUCCUUAUGCUAUAUCAACAAAGGGUUUGAGCCUUCCAAACUAGCAAUGGCCUUUAUAAUACCCCUUCUGUGCAAACUGUAGCAUGGUAGCAACAAUGUAUCCUUGAGGUCACCUUUAUGCAGGAUGUUGAUCUUUAGUAAAGAUUUUGUAUAUACUUAAAGUGAAAUUUGUUUUAAGUAUUUAAAAAUAUUAAAGUUUGCUUGUAAAUGACAAACAAUGAAAAUAACAGAAAUUUACUUAUUCUGUAAACAGGCAAGUUUGACGUGGAAGUUUUGUCUACUUCAGGGCUGCAGAACUUGCCUCUGAACUCUGUGUGUGUGUGUGUGUCUGUGUGUGGUUAUGAUGUAUUCCUAGAAAGGGGAAUUCAGCUUGUUUUUGUUAGUUAAAGCUUUUAUGGUUAAACAACUGUUUGUAAAUUGGAUUUCUGCUAUUAAAAGGGAAGAGUUACAGCAAGAGAUUUUUCUUUGUGAGAUACGACAUUGGAAUAGCAGAUGUGUGUUCUUGUGUGCAGUUAUAUUUUGUGUGGUUUUAAGUUAAUAAAUACAAAAAUACCAAUGUGUCUGUUCAUAAUGAA